GCAAGCGAAAGCGGUUUGAGCUAGACAGCCAAGAUUAGCGCGUUAGCCGGGUUGCUAGCUAACAUUAACGUUACCCUACCUCCAGCUGGGGUUUGGUUUAGUCACUGAAGGCUCGCUAGGGUUUUUCUUAGACGGUUCGCUGAGGUAAAGUGUUUGAAACACGUUAAGGUUCUCAACAAUCAAUGGCAAACGAAAUAUGUGUAAGCUGUGUUCUCCAAAAUGUGCUUAUAAGGACAUUUGGAGUCCAAAAGUAACAGUUUCAUUUAUAAAAUUAGCAACAAGAGUCAUUCUUUAGACAAUUGACGUUAUUUAUCUAUGGAUGUGGGUAGCCUCGGAUGUAUGUCUAAUUUUGUCUUGAUAAAAACAGCCACGGCUCACCCCCUCUAAUGUUAUUGCAGUGUAGUGUAGUAGCGAACUGACCUAGUUGGCCAUCACAACUACUGUGUGGAGCAGCUAACGCUAGCUGGCAUUAACGGUCGCUACUAUCAAGCCUGACAUGGCGGCUUUUCUAACAGAAACGAUAACGUUUGGUACUUUUUGUUGGCUGUUAGCAUGUCUUGGAAACGAGUGUUGGCUUGUUUAUGAACGUUUAACUCCUUCUGAACGAGCUUGGGUUCAUAUGCGGACAAACAUCAUGAUGCUGCACAUGAAAUCAUUGAAACCAUUCGAUGGGUGUGUGAGGAGAUACCAGACCUUAAACUGGCCAUGGAGAACUACGUGCUCAUCGACUAUGACACCAAGAGUUUUGAGAGUAUGCAGAGACUAUGUGACAAGUACAACAGAGCCAUUGACAGCAUUCACCAGCUGUGGAAAGGGACCACUCAGCCCAUGAAGCUGAAUAAGAGGCCUUCCAAUGGCCUGCUACGCCACAUCCUGCAGCAGGUCUACAACCACUCCGUCACUGAUCCAGAGAAACUCAACAACUACGAGCCCUUUUCCCCAGAGGUGUACGGAGAGACCUCCUUUGACUUGGUGGCUCAGAUCAUAGAUGAAAUCGAGAUGAUGGAGGAUGAUACCUUUGUGGACCUGGGCAGUGGUGUUGGUCAAGUAGUCCUGCAGGUUGCUGCAGCCACUAACUGUAAGCAUUACUAUGGUGUUGAGAAGGCUGAAAUUCCAGCUACGUAUGCAGAGGCAAUGGACCGAGAAUUCAAGAGGUGGAUGAAGUGGUAUGGGAAAAAACAUGGGGAGUAUACGCUGGAGAGAGGAGAUUUCCUUUCUGAAGACUGGAAGGAAAGGAUAGCCAACACAAGUGUUAUUUUUGUGAAUAACUUUGCCUUUGGUCCAGAAGUAGAUCACCAGCUGAAGGAAAGAUUUGCCAACAUGAAGGAAGGUGGAAAAAUUGUAUCCUCAAAACCUUUUGCACCUCUCAAUUUUAGAAUAAAUAGUCGAAACUUGAGUGAUAUUGCCACGAUAAUGCGUGUUGUUGAACUGUCUCCACUGAGAGGCUCAGUGUCGUGGACGGGGAAGCCAGUUUCCUACUAUCUCCAUACAAUAGACCGUACCAUACUUGAAAACUAUUUUUCUAGUCUCAAAAAUCCUAAACUCAGGGAGGAGCAGGAGGCAGCAAGACGACGUCAGCAGAAGGACACCAAGGAGAAUAAGAGCAACACCACCACUCCGACCAAGCCGAAGGAGCACAGGGACUCCGGUGGUGAGGAAGAGAGCUCAGUUCCGCUGGUACCUGUGAAGCCGUCUCCUAAACCCCGUCGUGCCAAGCUACUGGCCAAGGGCCGCAAGCUGGGCAACAAGAAACGUGGGCGGCCUAAGAAGGCAUCGGCAGCGGCGGCAGCGGCUGCUGAGCGCAAGACCAAGAAAAGCCAGAGCGCUUUGGAACUGCUACAUGCCAAGACACUCUCAGCAGCCCCUCCUCAGGAUGGAUACAGGUCACCUCAAAGCCCCUUCUACCAGCUACCUCCCAAAGUGCAGCAUUACACAGCGAGCCAGCUCCUACUUGGUUCUGCGCCGCCUGGCCUGCAGACUCUGCUUGAUAACAUCAAAGUCCAGUACCUGCAGUUCAUGGCUUAUAUGAAGACACCACAGUACCGCACAAACAUAGAGCAAGCUCUGGAGCAAGAGAGGCUCAGACACACUGAAUUGUCAGGUCAAGCCCAGCAGCUGAUGAAUGCUUGCCAUGCUCACAAAGAGAGGAUCAAAGACCUUUUCCAGUCCAAACUGGAGGAGGUAAGACUGUGUCUGGGAGUGAAGGCAGUGACUGUGGAGGACCUGGUGCAGGCUCAGAAAGAGAUCACAGCCCACAACAUGCAACUGAGGGAGCAGACCAAGCAACUGGAGAGGGACAUGGCUGAGUUGAAGGACCAGAGCCUGAUGUUGCUGAAGGCUCGCUGUGAGGAGUUGAAGUUGGACUGGGGCUCUUUGUGUCUGGAGACUCUGUUGAAAGAGAAAGCAGCCCUUCGCAGGCAGAUUUCUGAGAAACAGCGCCACUGUCUGGAGCUUCAGAUCAGCAUCGUGGAGCUGGAGAAGAGCCAGAGACAGCAGGAGUUGCUGCAACUCAAAUCCUCUUACAGCCCCUGUGAGGACUCGCCCUACCGCAAGAGCCUUCCAAGUCUGGAGCCGCGCCCCCCUCUGGACUCCGAUACCCCAAAACUUGCUGGCCUCAACGGCCUCAGCCCUGAGCUGUCAAUUAACGGCACAGCCUCUCCCAGCUACGAGCGGGGCAGCAGCAGCGGCAAGAAUGAGCUCCUGUCCCGCUACCUGCCCAUCUCGCCUGACCACGAGAUUGUGCCACCCACCCCGGACUCCCGGGGCAGACAGGUGGGGCAGCCGCUGCCUGACUACACUCGUUUUUCUCCAGCCAAGAUCGCCCUGCGCAGGCAUCUGAACCAGGACCCAUCCGCAGGCCAGUUCAGAUCACUUGGGUCCAUCCACAGGGGUGAUGUUGGUGUUGUUUCAUCUCCUACCUUAAGUCUAAAACAGGGUUGCCCCUCCCCCAGUGCAUCUGAUAAUCAACAAAUAACCACACCCAAGAGUGCAGAGAGGAUGAGUAAGGAGAAGAGCCCAGCAGGUCCAGGUGACAAUAUCACUAGUCUCCCAAUUAGCAUUCCUCUUAGCACUGUGCACCCCAACAAGCUUCCUGUCAGCAUCCCAUUGGCCAGUGUAGUGCUGCCAAGUCGAGCUGAGAGACUGAGGAACACUCCCAGUCCUGUGUCCAGUAGAGAGCAGUCAGCGGGGCAGAGCAACAGCAAACAGCCUCUGACACCUAACUCAGGGUACUCUUCCCACUCAGGGUUGGUGAAUGGUUCCCACUCUGCCAUGCUGACAGGAGAUCAGGACUGUGACGCUCCAUCCCCACCACCCCACAGUACCCCUCUGCUGGGCCCCCAGUCCCGUGGCCCUGGUCUCAGCCCUCCCCUGGGCACUGGAGGAGUCCUGCAGUAUGCAGACAGGCCUCCCCGCCUCCCUCCUGAGGAGGGCCCUGAGCGCCAGGGUCCCGAAUCAGACACUGAGCUUCUGGACAGUGAGGCCCGCCGUCGCAUCUUCUUUUCUUCCUCCUCCUCUUCAUCCUCUUCAUGCUCCUCCUCUGCUGGAGGCUCCCGGCUGCACCAUGGAUCAUCCAAGCCGCACCACCACGGCAGCCAUCAUCACCACCACCACCACCACCAUCACCACCACCACUCUCCAGGCUCCCACGGUCAGGAGGGCCGCAAGAGAGGUCGUCGGAAGCGCAGCUCCUCUGGGGUUCCUCCAGGAAGCGGCUCUCCCAAGAGGAGGUCGUUUCCUGGCCUGGGUUGUGCCCCUCACACUUCUGGUUCCCCCCUAAAUAUCAACACCAUGGUGAACAACAUUAAUCAGCCCCUGGAGAUUGCAGCCAUCUCGUCUCCGGAGCAUUCGGGCCGCAGCCCACGUGAAGCAGACCUGGAUCAACCACCAAUCCUGAAGAGGGAGCGCCCCCUCGAGCUCAACGGCUCUAGCCGCUACUCUUCCACCCCCAGCUCGGAGGACGAGGAUGCUGGCUACCCUGCAGACAGCAGCUCCUCGCGAAUUGAAAGGAAAAUCGCAACAAUUUCCCUCGAGAGCCGAGAUGGUGAUAGGGGUUCUCAGGGCCGUAAAUCUGGGGCCAGCAGUGUGAGCAGCGAGGUCUCCUCCUCUUCCAGCAAAUGGAAGUCCACCUUCUCACCUAUCUCCGACCCCAAGCCUACUCCACCUGACCUCCGGCAAGGAGGCUCUCCUUUUGGCAUGUCCCGUGGCGCUGGGGGAGGAACAGAUUCUGACUCAGACCAGAAGCAGCAGAGGAGGGCAGAGCGGGAGCGGAGUGAGUCUUAUGGGAACCCGAAGGCCUUCCUGGGCUCGGAAGCAGGUGGUCGCUCAACAGCACUAUCUGAGAGGCAGCAGCAGAAACAGAAACCCCGGGAGUGGGAGCUGAAGGCUGUGAGCGGAUUGGCCAGCCAGAACCUCUUCAUCUCUGCUGCGACCAGCGGUGGCAUCCUGAGUGGAAAAGUGGGUGGAGCCAACACAGUUUCUUCUGCCUCCUCUGUGGGACAGUACUUCCCUCUGGGCGGAGCCUCAGUCUUGCAGUCCUUCUUCGGAACACAGACUUCCAGCCCAGCCACCAGCGGAGCUACACGAUUGGUCAAUGGCCACUCAGCGCUGGGCAGCUUUUCCAGUGCCGGACUGGCAGGGGGUGCUGCAGGUGGUAACUGACGCAAUCUACCUCAACCCAACAUAACCUAUGCAAUGGACAGGUGUGGACCAAUGGGCUCCUCUCCCUCACUGGUGCUCUGACGUUUGCUAAAGCCGCUGCGGUAAAACCGGCAUUGGUUUCAGAACUCAACAAAGGUGCAGCUGAACUUGUACACACAAGUACAGACAAAUAUACACAGAUGCAGGCCCACUCACAGCAUCGUGCUCCAGUCUGGUGAGAGUUGAAAAGGGAGGCACAUAGACAAAAAUGACAAUGUUAACAUUCAUAAUUGUCUGUUUAACUCAUGCCUUGGUGGAUGGUUCAUUUUAAACAUCAUCAAUGGAGGUUUUUAUGCGCAAUUAGAGAUGCUACGGAUGUGUAGUGAUUGUCCAGCAGAAUCAAAUUUAUGGAUUCUUCUCAGAAGUUUUAUAUUUUCAAUUUUUUUUUAACAUUUUGAAUCCCAUUAAAACGACAUCAGCUGAGCCAUGACGUUGUAUAAAUUGUCAUUCCUGAAUGCUCACUCUUUGCUGUAGAGGGUGGUUCAGCAAUGUGUUUGGUUGCAAGUUCGCCUGUCCUCAUGGCUGUGUGCCUCCCUGGUGCUGGAACCUGCUGUAAAAUCUAGAAUUCUAACCCUGUCUGCUGCACACUCGGAUAAUUCUAGGACCUUCUUAAGAGACAAAUGAGGUGGGAUAUACUUAAACUUUACUUGAAAAAAUGAAAAAUUGCAGUUCUUUAUUUUGAGAGUCCUGAAUUAUUUUGAAUUGGAAGUCCUUCAAAAAAAUGCAGCCAUUUGGUUGAUAAAUAAAGUACUGUGCUACAGUUUUAGGCACCUGGGGAAAAUUAGAUUUAAAAAGCUAUUUAACUGGGUAGUGAGUGUUUUUUUUUACUCAGAGAACACUAAUAUUACAAUAAAUACAAACAGUAUUAUUACAGAAAGUUCUCUCCUCUUGUGGCAGCCCAGUGUUGAUAGUAGCUAACAAUAAAUACCUGGUUUAGAAAAUCAAAGCUUGGACUACAAUGAAGUGUGCUGAUGAAAUUUAACAAAACUGUGCAAUGGCUGGGGGUCAACAAGGAGAAAUCUGGAACAGAACCUGUGUUCUGAUACAGAAAUAAAGUCUUACUUUAUACUUUUAAUGUUUGCAUUUAUUUUAAUGUUAUAUGGAGUUUUAACAUUCUGAAACAGAUAAAUGGUUAAACAGUUUACGCAGGUGCCUAAGACUUUUACACCGUACUGUAUUCCCCUGCAUUUACACUGGAGAGCAGACCUGUGGAGCUGUUCAUUACAUACAACUGGUAUGAUUGUGAAGUAAAUUUUAGAUUUUUGUGCUUUAAAAAGCAAAAUGACCAUUUUAAACUCAUUUUUAUUUGGGGGGUGAAUAGAUUUGGUGUCUGAAAACUGUUAAGUCCCCUACCUUGAUACCUCCACCACACGCACUUGCUAAAGCACAACCUACCAGGAGUGAACACUGAAAGCCUGUGCGCAAAAGCAUGAAGUCAAAGGAGCUAGUUAAUCAGGUUAGUUAUCGUAACUGCCGAAGCUAUUUUAAAAUCACUACAUUAACCCCAGCUCAGCGUAAGGCUUGCUUUUUGCCUUUUACUUUAAAUAUAUAACAAGCCGUAUGUUGCAACUGAAUCUUCCUUAUUCCCUCCUCAAUUACUGCUGAUAUCCUUCGAAGAUACAUUCACAUGUAGAGCUCAGUGUUGUAUAUGGUACAAUAUAUUCAGGUGAUUUAUCCGAGACAAAUAAAGAUUUGUGGUGCUGAAACACCUUUUUCUCAGAAAGGUUUCACAGAGAACUAGUAUCUGCCUAGUUCUUGUAUGAUCCACUCCGAUAAUGUUUUGGUGCUCUCUGCAAGUAGAAACAACUCUCAUACAUAGAUUUGAAGAGAAAAAUCACACACUGGGGAAAUGCAGCGUCAAACAGAAACUACUGGGCAACUUUCAUUUUAUUUUCCAUUAUUCCUUUUGUUUUUGACAGCUUUUUUUUGUACUGUGAAUGGGAGUCACUCUCAGACUGUAUAAUUGUAUAUAAUUUAGAUUAUUUAUCAUUUCAGUUUCUUUUAUUGUAUUUUGUUUUGUUAAUUUUUUGUGUGUAACAGUAGAGCACAAUACGUGCAAAGUGUGUGUACUUGACUCACAGUCUCAAAAAAAAAAAACAUGGUGCUACAAUCUGUACAACUCUGGACUGUGCCUAUUUAUAUUAC